AUGAACUUGCAAUCAUACAUUCUCUUUCUUGUUGCUUUAAUCCUAUGCUUAUCACCGUGUGUGAUUUGCGCGAUUCACGCACCGUCGGAUCGAAAAUGCCUUCAAACAUGCAUGGACUAUUGUAUUAAUGAUAGUGAAAGUGGUAUUCCGAUUGAUUUGUGCAAUAAUGCAUGCACGACAAUGUGCUAUUCAGCUCGUGGGACUCUCGAUUCUGAUGAAUUCAAUUGGGAAGAUGAUGAAUGA